UCAAUUAUGACUUCCAACACAAUCUCUUUGGUUUUCGUGCUCGCCACCACCCUCCUCCACACCACCACCGCUGCCUACGGCGGUUGGCAGAGCGCUCACGCCACCUUUUAUGGCGGCGGUGAUGCUUCCGGGACAAUGGGUGGAGCUUGUGGUUAUGGGAAUUUGUAUAGCGAAGGGUACGGUACAAACACUGCGGCACUUAGUACCGCACUUUUCAACAACGGAUUGAGUUGCGGUGGGUGUUAUGAGAUGAAGUGUGUGAAUGAUCCGCAGUGGUGCCUUCCUAGAAGUGUCAUCAUCACCGCCACCAAUUUCUGCCCGCCCAACUUCGACCUGCCGAGCAACAACGGUGGAUGGUGCAAUCCCCCACUCCAGCAUUUCGACAUGGCUCAACCUGCUUUCUUGCAUAUUGCUAAAUACAAGGCUGGCAUUGUGCCUGUAUCUUUCAGAAGGGUUCCAUGCAUAAAGAAAGGAGGAAUAAGGUUCACCAUCCAUGGGCACUCCUACUUCAACUUAGUUUUGAUCAGUAAUGUCGGCGGUGCAGGGGACGUCCAAGCAGUCUCAAUUAAAGGGUCCAAAACCGGCUGGCAAACUAUGUCUAGAAACUGGGGUCAAAAUUGGCAGAGUAAUUCAUAUCUUAACGGUCAAAGCCUGUCGUUUAGAGUCACAACUAGUGAUGGAAGGACGACCACAAGCUACAACGUGGUGCGUGCAGGUUGGCAGUUUGGUCAGACUUUCCAAGGAGGACAAUAUUAAUAUUUCAAAAGUUAGAGGGGUUAAUUUGAACCUUGCAUUUAAUUUGUCACUGAUGCUUUAAAAACAUGACAAAUAUCCAUAUUACUGAAACUAACAGUAAUUGAAUACAUGUCAUGUUUUUAAAACAUCGAUAUACAAACGCAAGUGCAUUACAACUCUGUAUUUGUGCAUACGUCUACAAAUCCUCUCACAUUCAAUUAUGGAUCUCAUACACUCAUAUAAAGCUGUUAACAACACUUGUUUUGAGGUUUUUUUAUUUGAAAAUAGCUUUUGUGGUAAGAAUGAGCGAAAGAUAUAUCCGAUGUAAUCUGUAUUAGUACGAUAUUUAAUGUUUAUUUUGUCGGUCGUGAAGCUGAGGUGUUAAAUAGCAUUCGCUGAACGUUGUAUUAAACCGACGUCAAUAAAUGUUAAUUUAGUUUC